CCCGUAUGUGGCCAUAUCGUUGCGUGUUGAGCGGUGUUGUUAGCUAGGUUGUCGUUUGUAAGUGUCUUAAAAUUGCCCUUUCAGUUGGAUUUUCGUCGUCGAUCUGACGUAUUUAAAGAUGAAUGCGAAAAUGGCAACGUCGGUGGAUGUUUCUCUUGAAGCAUUGGCCGAAAAUCAGAUACAGGAAAUAUCUCUUGAUGGACAUGAAAUUUACGUACAGCCAAUAUCGAUGUCAGAAAGCCUCACAAAAUUGGCACAACGAAUUGAUUUCACCAAGAUGGAAGAAGAAGGGAAAGAGUUGAAAAGUGUUGCAGCCAACGAAACAGAAGAAGGCGAUGAUGAGGCCAAGUCUGCUUUCAAGCAGGAAACCUGGCCCUGGGAUUCUGUGCAUACAAAACUAAGGCAUUCGCUGACGGAGGCAAGCGUACUGCUCGACGUGCUCAACAUUGCCAAGGAGAAGCGAUAUAUGUUGCUCGACCCGAUACAGCAGGAGCCACCCGAGUCUCGCAUGUUCACGCAGGUUCUGGGCAAGAAAAAGGCCCUAAACAAUGCCGCUCAGAUUCUUCAGCAUGGUUCGGAGCGUCUGCGCAAGUCGGACAACCUCUAUCACAGUUCUGCGCCCGCGUUCCAGAUGGAACUGCUUAACGUAAGACGAAACUGGAGGCUGAAGAAAGUAGCUAACUCCAUUCUGGGUGACCUCAGCUACAAGUCUGCCGGUUCCCGCUUCCGCCAGAAUGGUACAUUUGAGGUGCUCGAGAACAAAGAGAUGGAAGAGGGCGCCGGGGGUCACGACACGACACCUGGCAGCGCAGGCCAGCAGCAUGCCGGGCGGAGAUCCUCACUGCACGUUGCGAUACCCAGCCACCUGCAGGGCGCGAGCUACAUCUAUGUAUCCAUCCAGAAAGAUACUGACAGCUUGGCAUCUGCAAAUCUGACCAUUCCCAGCCACCCCACGGACCCAUUAGCUGGUGAAACGCAUUGGCAAAAGAAGCUGGAAGCUGCACAGAAUGUCCUCUUCUGUAAGGAGCUAUUUUCCCAGCUUGCAAGAGAAGCAGUGCAACUGAAACCACCAAUUCCACACAUGGUGAUCGGCAACCAGAUAACUGCCACUCUGUUCCCCGGCAUCCAGCUAUUCAUCGGGCUGUGCCACAGCAACGAUCAGGACCGCAGCACGGAGCCCCAGCAGCAGCAACAGCAGCAGCAGCGGCAGAAGUCAGAGCACAACCACAUCCUCGAGCACUCGCUGCAUCAGCUGCUGCGCGAGAUGCACACGGCAAACAUCAGCCUGCCGAUGCCGCACCCGUCGACGGCGAUGCUUGGAGCGUCGAAGCGGCGCCGCCUGGCGGGUCCGCACGCAUUUAGCCGCGCGAGCCUCCUGCAACUCAUCGAGGGGAAGUCGCUGCUGGAGCAGAUCAUUGAGCAGGCACAGCAUACGGUCCUUCGCAUCCGCAGUACAAACGUGCUGGACAGCAUCGCGAUGCAGUGUCGCGACCCACAGAUCGUCAUCCACUGGAACGCGCUUAGUGAUGCCACCCAUGCCGCGAUGAAGCUCAACAUCACGUCGCAGGGCUACGAGACGAUAUGCAGAACAUCACUCGCGAUUCACAUCCACACUACAUCAGUGCGCGUUAUCUACAGGGAUGGCCGCAUCGUCAAGCUAUCACACGAACCGCACGAACUCACCAACGUGCUUCUGGGUGUGGUAUCAGUACACAACAUCAGUGCACUACAGAGUCUUUCGAAGCUCAUGAGCUGGCAGAUCCUCUCUACCUGCAUGAACCUAGGAGUUGGCGAGGUUGAGGCACUUGGUAAUGCAUCUGCUGUCGUCAUGGCUUCUCCGUCGGGAGAGAGGGUGCUCGCGAUCAAGAGCGGCCCUAUCAGUGGGGUGCGCGUCUACGUACAGGGUCUCCCAGGCAACACGAGCAGCGACGCCAGCACCUUGGAAACCCGCUGAGCAGCCGCCCCCAAAGUGGGAUGACAUCGAGAGCUCCUGGCAGGAGGUCAACUGGAACAAGGUGGAAGGCCGAAACUUUUUGCACAAGAUCGAACUACUCAUGGCUGCGCUAACUAAAUACUGAGGGAGGAGACUAUCCUACAUUUGACAAACCCGAACGAUGCCAUGGGCGAUGCUAUCUGCAUGUACAUACUCCAGGAAACAGGGCGGUGGCAUGUUCUUAUCAGAGUAGUAAUCAUCUGCCCAUCCUUUGUAUUGUAUUAAACUUAUAACAAAUUUUGGAAAGUUAUUGCAGUUGACUCGUUAUCUGUGUCUGAGAACCAUGCAAACUGUGCACAUCUUGUAAAUCAAGUUGAUUUUGUUUAUAAUUACCUUGGUAUUUUAGGUGUUCUCUCCUUUUGUAUAUAUGCUUGGUGUAAAGUAUGAAACAGUUAUCUCAUCACUGAUCGUGUGUGAUUAUACAAGUAUGUAAUCUGAUACAAAAAAAAAGUAUUUUUUAAAGUCUAAUUGGAAGGGGAGAGUCAACAAUGAACAUUGAUCAAAUUGACAGAUCAACACUGCAUAUUGCAGUGGAAAAUGUGUUGCGUGUCUGAAGGUUUUGUACAUAUACGCUGCUAACUCUGAUACAUCAUUUUUUUCUAUAAAAAUAUAAAAGUAUCUGCAUUGUAAAUAUAUUUGAA